AUGAGCUUUCUACAGGCCACCUCCUACUGGAAGCCUCAUAAUUCUGCAAGAAUGAAGACCAUCUUGGCCUGCCUUCUUGUUCUUGCUGUUAGCGUGCCACUGUCCAACGCUUAUUGCUUCCUUCAGCCAUUGAAGCCAGGGAUGUCUGAUGGUGAGAUCACAGGCUGCCUUGACUCAAAAGGUGAGCUGCAUGAAUUUGAUUCCCACUGGAGGACCGAUGACUGCAAUGAUUGCUCUUGUUCCAGAGGCGGAAUUGACUGCUGCUCCAGCUUUGCAACACCAGCUGACUACAACAAAGAGAAGUGUGUAAGCAUCUUCAACAAGGAGACCUGCACUUACAAAGUAGUGGAGAAAGAUGAUCACUCAAAAGAAUGCCCAGUCCAUGAGUGGGUAGGCUAACAGAGAAGGAUUGUGGAUUUGGGGGAUACUUCCUUUUUUUGUUUUAAGGGUUCUCUCUCUCACAAAUUCAAAAACACUGAAAAAUGCAGCUGUUGAGUGAAAUCUACUCAUAAAACCUAACACAUAAUAAAACUGAAUAUCUACUGACAAAAGACUCCCUUGGUUUCUCUGCCUUCUGCUUCCCCAUGAAGAAAGAACUGACUUGUUCCUUCCUUGAGAUCAGAAAUUAAAUCUGACAUUUUUAAGCAUCCUCAGUAGCUGCUAAUUUUAAUUCUUCUCUAGUCACACUUCAAUGCCAGGGAGUAUAUUCUGUUAUCUGUGCACAGCUGUAUCUUAAAGCUAAGAUAAAAUCAGA